CGUCGCCAGCCGACGGGACGCCGCGUAUCUGGGCGGGGCCAUGGCCGCCCGCGGCGGGCAGCGGGAGCCGCCGGACCCGGUGCGGCAGAACCAGCUCCUGUGCGAGCGGGUGCGGAAGGAGCGGCAGUGCCAGAGGCUGCGCACCCAGUACAGCGUGAACCCGCUCCACCGUGUUCACACUAUCACCAAGAAGCCUAUGUCUUGGCAUGAUAAUAUAGAAGAGCCAGCAGAUGCUGCGUUUCUCAGUCUUAUUCACCAUGCAGCGCUGGAGCCAACAAAGAAAUAUUCAGAGCCACAAACUGAAAGCCAAGAAAUUGGUUGGAACACACAACCUUUGAUUCACGUGGACCGUACUGAUUGCAGGCUCUACUUCCCACGCCGAAGAACUGACAUCACUAAAUAAAUGGCUGCUACAGGGCACAGCGAGGAGCAGUCAGAACUGCAGUAGUAGUGGCAAAACCACACAACUUAGAUAGAAGCAGUUAAUGGUAUCUCCUGUUAGGCCCUGCUUGUUAUUAGGUAGACUUCUGGCAAGAGAAGAUAUUGAGAAAAGGGAAGAGAGAACCUCAAUCUGUCCAGAUUUUCAGCCUGACAAUAGUUACAGAAAUAAACCUGUUUAUAAGA